AUGAAUCUGGAUCACACGGUGGUGGAAGUCACGGAGGUUCCGUUGGAGGUGGUCAUCGUGAAUCUGGACAUCACAGUGGUGGAGGUCACGGAGGCCAACAAUCAGAGCUUAUUGGAGAUCAAGACGGAGGCCAUAGUAGCCACAAAGAAAAUUAUUCUAGUGGACCCAAAGGCAAUGGUGGUUUAUGGCUCUAAACCAGGUAGUUCUAGUUUUGCUUCAAGUCAGUCAUCCGCUCAGUCAGAGGGAUUUGGAUUUGGAGGAGGUAAGGAGAGUGGUUUCGGGAAUAGCAACGGAGGAAAAGGAGGAUCUAGUGGGUAUGGAGGUCGACCGGGUGGAAAUCUAGGAGGUGGUUAUGGAUCGGGAUUAGGUGGAAAUGAAGGAGGUUCAUUUGGAGCUGGAAGUGGAGGACUAUCUGGUGGGCAUCAACAUUCAGGACUUCAUGGCAGUGGAAAUCAUGGGGGAGCUGGAAAUCAUGAAGGAUCGUUUGGUAGUGAUCAGUAUGGAUCUGGCCUCAGUGGAGGAAAUCAUGGCAGCUCUUUAGGUGGAGGUCAUAGUGGGUCAUAUGGGGGAAAACCAGGCCACCAUGGAUCUGGCCAUCAUGGAGGAAAUCAGGGUGGUUCCUUAGGAGGGGGUCACGGAGGGUCAUUAGAAAGUGGUCACCAUGGAUCUGGUCAGCACGGAGGGGGUAGUGGUUCUACUGGAGGAUCUUAUGGGGGGAAACCAGGACACCAUGAAGCUGGCCUUCAUGGAGGAAAUCAUGGAGGUUCUUUUGGAGGUGGACAUGGAGGAUCCUUUGAAGAAGGACAUCUUGAAUCCGGACAACACGGUCAUGGUGGAUCCUUUGGAGGGAAGCCGGGACAUCAUGAGGGUGGCGAACAUCAUCAUGGAGGAUCAUCGUAUGGUCACAAGCCUAUACAUGGACCUCCCCACGGACCUCAUCCCCAUGGCGUUCAUGGGCCACCACACGGACAUGGUCACCACCACCAUCACUAA